CUUUCCGCGAGGUGCAACAUCGAGAUUGGGGUACAAUUCACGAACGAUGGCUUUCUCAACAGUCGAGAGAGGUUCGCCAAACACCAUGGACUACAGGAUGUAUUUUCGAAAGGGAGACAAGUACAUCUCACCCUUCCAUGAUAUCCCCAUGUUUGCGGAUGAGGCCAACCGUGUUUACAACAUGGUCGUGGAAGUGCCUCGCUGGACAAAUGCAAAGAUGGAGAUAAACACUAAGGAGCCCCUGAACCCCAUCAAGCAGGAUAUAAAGAAGGGGAAGCUACGCUAUGUCCACAACUGCUUCCCCUUUCAUGGAUAUAUCUGGAACUAUGGCGCCAUCCCACAGACUUGGGAGGACCCAAACCACGUAGAUAACAGGACCAACUGCAAGGGAGACCAUGAUCCCAUUGAUAUCUGCGAGAUUGGUUAUCGGGUGGCAAAGCGAGGCGAGGUGAUACAAGUAAAGGUCCUCGGCAUUGUGGCACUGAUAGACCAGGGGGAAACUGACUGGAAGCUGCUUGCUAUUGAUGUCAAUGAUCCUAUGACAAAGGACCUAAAUGAUGUUGGAGAUAUUGAAAAGCUCAUGCCCGGUCUUCUAAAGGCAACUACUCAAUGGUUUCGCAUCUAUAAGAUUCCCGAUGGCAAGCCAGAGAACCAGUUUGCAUUUAACGGUGAAGCUAAGAACAAGGAGUUUGCAGAGGAAGUCAUUGCGGAAACGCAUGAUUUCUGGAAGGCACUGGUGCAACGCUCUGAUACUUCUCCAAUAAACUGCUCUAAUACUGUCCACACUGGGUCUCCACACCAUAUUAGUAAUGACGAAGCUACUGCCAUAGUCAAUUCUACACCAGAGCUUGGUCCUGAUGCUGGCAGGGAUGAUAUUGUGGACAAGUGGCACUUUGUCUGCCUCAAGUGAAUGCCCUUUGGUCCCAUCAAUGGACACUUUGAAGACACCUGCGUGCAAUAAAUCUGCCUCAUGGAAAA